UGCCCCUUUCCGGCUUCCGUAGGAGGCGUCGUCACCACUGACAGGCAGGCAAGCCCCAAGCCGAGCCACACACAUCAACAAUAACAACAACAACAAUAAUAAACAAACAAGACUCAUCUACAACAACAAUUAGACGGGCAAGCCUCUCAGCAGACAUGAACAGGAUCUUCGGGCGGGGCAAGGCGAAGGUGCCGCCAGCCAGCCUCACGGACUGCAUUGCCAAUGUGGAGAGUCGAGGGGAAUCUAUCGACAAGAAAAUCACCAGGCUGGAAGUGGAGCUGAAGAAAUACAAGGACCAGAUGAACAAAAUGAGGGAUGGACCUGCCAAGAACCUUGUGAAGCAAAAGGCUUUGAGAGUCCUCAAGCAAAAACGAACGUACGAACAGCAGAGGGACAACCUGAACCAGCAAUCCUUCAACAUGGAGCAAGCAAACUACACUAUCCAGACACUCAAAGACACAAAAACCACGGUCGAUGCAAUGAAGAUCGGUGCAAAGGAAAUGAAGAAAGCAUACAAACAUGUUGAUCUAGAAGAAAUUGAGGAUUUACAAGAUCAAAUGGAAGACAUGAUGGGUGAAGCUGAUGAAAUUCAGGAGGCCCUGGGCAGGAGCUAUGGAAUGCCAGAGGUGGACGAUGAUGAACUUGAAGCAGAGCUGGAGGCCCUGGGGGAUGAGCUCUUGGCGGAUGAAGAUGCAUCUUACCUGGAUGAAGCAUCUACUGCCCCGGCUGCUCCAGACUCAGUCCCCAAUGACAAGACCACCACGAAGGAUGGAGUGCUGGUGGAUGAAUUUGGUUUGCCACAAAUACCUGCUUCAUAAAGUACUCGAAAUACCAAACUGACAAUUAUUGGUUCAUGUUAUUGGCUAAUAGUUUCACGUGAAAUUGCAUGUAAAAUCCCUAACAAAGCAGGUCUCUGGUAGGAAAGAUUAGCUUGAAAGUUGUAUUUUACAUUGUUGACUUACUUAGAAGGGAUAGGCCCUCAUAUCAAGAAGUGCAAUCAGCACUAUAAAUGCAUUCAUCUGUCUUAUGUGUUGAUAAACGAGGAUGUAUUCCUCUACCCUUAUUUUCUCAAUUUAUCUUUUGAGCACUCCGUACAUUUAAUGGAGACUUUACCAAUUCAUAUGCAUUUAUGGUGUUUCUUGCUUUUGUAUUAUCAUUAACUUCUUGACACUGUAAAGGCAGCUAUGUUUGCAACCAUUGCAAAAUAAGGCCCAAAGUUUCUUAGUUUUACUAAUUACUCUAAUAACCCUGAGCCCAGUGGUUGUGAGAAUUCCACAUUCCUAUGGCGAGGGUCUGUAUCUUUAAAAAUAGCCACUGUUGACUUUCUGUACAGUGAUACUGGAUUAUUUAUAAACCCGAGAAAGAUGAUAAACUGAUUUGACCCACAAUCAGGAUUUUUCAUCGGUCUUUUGAUUUAAAUCGAGCACUGCCACCUGACUGAAUAUUAACUUGACAUUACUAUAUUACUGUAAUUAUGUUCAUGCAUUAUAUGUUAAUACUCUUCAUGGAACAAUUUACUCUACGAUUACAUUAAUUGGCACCAUUCAGGGUCACAACUUGAUUAAAUAAUUAUUUUUGCCAGUAUCCACGUAGAAUCCAUAGUAGCUGGAUUUUCCAUGAACCAAUCAUAUAACACAUUAUUAGAAAAGAAUACAUGCGCAAUUUAGUGUAUGGUUCACAGCUAAGAACCUUAUUUAUAUCGAAUAUGCCGAAUGACGUAUUAUAUUAGUGAUAUGACUAGUGACGUACCUGCAUAUCUAAAACUUAUUUUAUGCAUAGGCACAAUUGAAGUGUUGCUUUGUGUUAGCAUAUGGAAAGUUAUUUAAUGUAUCCGAAAACAUGGAGUUAUGUUUAUGGUAAGUUAAGGUCAUUGUUUCUUGGUCUCAAAGCCCACAAAGAGCUACGAAACAGUGCUCUAUAAGCUAAAGUUGCACAUGUACAUAUUUAUUUCGAUAUGGAAAGUGUCCACGUAGUAUUAACAAAAAAGUAUUUUCUAUUUCAAAUAUAAAAAAAAUUGGGCUGAUUGUGGUGGAACGUACGGGAGUUUGAACUGGCUUCUAACCAAGUGGUGACGCUACGAAACGCGGUGGCCAGGCAAACGCCCUGGAACUGUACAACGUGCACGCAUGGAGAAGCGACAUAACGUGCAUUUAUUAUUGGUAUUUAAAAAUAAAAUUCCCCACCAAAAUGUAACUGGAAGAAGAACGGUAAUAACGUAACAAGUGAGACGUAAACCGAAUUAAAAGUUAAUUUAUGUCAAACUGAAUUACGAAUUUUCGUAAAUCUAACAUGGAGAGUGGGUUCACCUGUACUCGAUUUGGAUAAUAGCAAUCGGCGCUCCCGACUGGCAGAUUUGCCCGAUUGCAGGCCUGGUGCUGUCACCAUGGGGGGGUGAACUUUCAGAUGUUUCAGAUAACAUGUGAUGAUAUCAUGCAAUUUAUAUUAUACUUUUGUUUUAAGCAUAUUGAAGAUGCGAUAUUUAUCUUGCAAACAUUUAGUGAUGUUAAUUAUACACGUAGAAUGCAGCUACAUUAGAAGCGAAUUACAUUGUGUAAAUAGUGUGCUAACAUUUUUAAAUAAAACUUGUUUGUGUUUAUUUAUAAUCAGUUUUCAGUCCCCAGAGGGGAAAGGAUUCUAAGUAAAGUGUAAGAAGCAUCAGUUAUGAAGGUGUAAUGCAUUGGUCAAUAAACGUACACAAGAUGUAAUGGUGAUGGAGUGUGCUAGACAUUUGUGACUGAACCCAAGUGUAAA